GUCUGGGACAAAAGUGAAAAUGGAGAUUGGCAUUGCACUGCCAGCUGGAAGACACAUAGUGGAUCUGUGUGGCGUGUGACAUGGGCCCAUCCUGAAUUUGGGCAGGUCCUGGCUUCCUGCUCUUUUGACAGAACAGCAGCUGUAUGGGAAGAAAUAGUGGGAGAGUCAAAUGAUAAACUCCGAGGCCAAAGUCACUGGGUAAAGAGGACCACUCUAGUAGACAGUAGGACAUCUGUUACAGAUGUGAAGUUUGCUCCCAAGCAUAUGGGUCUUAUGUUAGCAACCUGUUCAGCAGAUGGAGUUGUAAGGAUUUAUGAAGCUCCAGAUGUGAUGAAUCUCAGUCAGUGGUCACUGCAGCAUGAGAUCUCAUGUAAGCUAAGCUGCAGUUGUAUUUCUUGGAAUCCUUCAAGCUCUCGAGCACAUUCUCCAAUGAUAGCUGUAGGAAGUGAUGACAACAGUCCAAAUAUAUUGGCUAAGGUUCAAAUUUAUGAAUAUAAUGAAAAUACCAGGAAAUAUGCAAAAGCAGAAGCUCUGAUGACAGUCACAGAUCCUGUACACGAUAUUGCAUUUGCUCCAAAUCUGGGGAGAUCCUUCCAUAUCUUAGCUGUAGCAACCAAAGAUGUACGAAUUUUCACACUAAAACCUCUAAGGAAAGAAUUGACUUCAUCUGGAGGUUUAACGAAAUUUGAAAUUCAUAUUGUGGCACAGUUUGAUAAUCACAACUCCCAGGUGUGGCGAGUGAGCUGGAAUAUUACAGGCACAGUGCUUGCCUCUUCUGGAGAUGAUGGCUGCGUUAGGCUCUGGAAGG